CAAAUAAUACAAGUUCAUGGACUGCCUUAUGUUGGCAAAACAAGUCUUGUGAAAAAAGUCUGUGAAGAAUUGAAGGAUGAAAUUAACCCUGAAAGACUCCACAUAAAACACAUCCAUAUUUCUAAUAAUAGCAGUUGGUCUGAUAUUUCCAACAUGUACAAUACAUUCACCAAUUGUUCCAGUAUCAGCAAUACUAAAUGGAAAAUUUGUAUUUUUGAUGAUUUCCAGAACAUUCAAGAAAGCUUUCUUCCAGAUUUCCAGGAACUUUGUGACAAUGACUUUCCAAUGCACAUAAAUCUAAAAAUCAUUCUCAUAUUAAGUGGUGGAAAACCAUUUCAGUUUGAUGGAAUCAAUUUUGGAGAGUGUAAAGUGAGUCCAUUGUCCAUUAAAGAAGCACAACUUCUUUUCGGUCGCUGUUCAGACAUUGAGAUGAAUAAUGAAAACAAAGAGCAAAUACACAACAUCAUCAGAUAUGCCUGUGGCCUGCCAGGACUUCUAAUUUACUAUGCAGAAAAAAUCUCUCAAUUUCAUCAUCAUUUCUCUUUUGAUGAUAUCUACAAAAUGAUUUGUGAUGAAACUAGCAUCAAUGAUUGGCUGGAUGAAUGUACAAUUAACAGACGUAAUAUUAAACAAGAAAUGGACAAGUAUUUUUCUCAACUCUCUCACAAACAGCAAGAAGCUCUCAAAUUGCUUUCAUAUUUUCCUGGAAGAUUUGGUAUCGAGGAAGCUGUUGAAAUGACUGAUUCUUCUAGUCAACCAGCUUCCAAGAUGCAUGUUCUGAUGCCGCUUGUUGAACAAGGUUUGAUCAAUUCAGAUUUAGAAUUACAGACUUUUCAAGUGCAACAGUUAAUACGUGUACUUUCUAUGCAACAGAUAGACAAUGUACACAGCAAUGAUUUGGUAAAGCUCAAAUAUACAAACAUUAUUGGGAAAAGUUUGAUGAAGGCUCAAAAUAUUUAUGAUAGAGGUCUCAUAUACGAAGCACUUGGAAUAAUGAGAAAUAACUGGGAAAAUAUUUCAUUUCUGAUGAAGAAAGGGAUUGAUGCCCCUUCAGAUGGUAGGACAUAUGGAGUUUAUUAUGAGAUAGCGUUCAAAGCUUCAGACAUGUUGAUGAUAUGUCACCCUAGAGAUUCAAGACAGUUUUUCGAAGCCUGUCUACAAAGCUCCCUGUUGUUUGGCAACGAAGAGGAACAAGCUUUUAUGAAAAUAACUUAUGGUAUAUCUUUGACAGAUUUGCCAGGUUAUGGAGGAUACAAAGAAGCCAUGGUGUACUACAAGAAGGCCAUGAAUGUAUUGAAAUCUAGAAACAUUCAGUACCGACAGAUGCUGCUGUACAAUAGCAUGGCUUACAAUGCCUAUAUGCGGGGCAGUUAUGUGGAAGCCUUGAAUUUUGCAGAAGCCGGUUACACCAUGACUGCUGAUGAUGCCAACCCACAGAUGGUGCUGAAUGCGAGGAUCACAUGUGCCUCUACCAUGGCCUACAACCUCUUGUUUGUCGGUAAUAACUGUAUUAUGUCUCUCGUGGUUGUUGUUGUUGUUGUUGUUGUUGUUGUUAUAUGGUCCCAGGUCAGCAGUUGCUGAGCAGAUAUAUGACCA